GUAACACUUAGCUGGUCCUAUUUUUAUUCCUUCCCUUCCCUUUUUCUCAGCUGCAAUUUCUGAUUAAACUCCAACUUCACCACUCCCUCUCUUCGCCUUCCCCAUCCCUCUGUCUCUCAGUCCCUCUGUCUCUCAGCUUUUUUACUUCUCUCUCUCUCUCUCUCUCUCUCUCUCUCUCUCUCUCUCACCUUUUCCUUCUUCCCUUCUCUUUUCUUGCCUUUAUUUCUUUUCUGGGCUUUCUCUAUAGAGUGUGGGAAUCACAUGGAUGUGGGCCUACUAAAAUCUGUAAGAGAAGAACAGAUUGAUAUGAUGAUGUUGAUGAACAUGGACAAACUACCCGAAUUCAGCAGCCCCUUCUCCGACACCAUUCCUCAGUCACCGUCCAUCGACUUCUCAUACACCAAUACAUUGCCUGUCUUCGAUCCAAUGCCAUCUGUGAAUUCACCUACAUUAAUCAAUCCAACACCCUCCUCAUCAUUUAUCGGCAAUACAAUUCAAGAACCAGCAAUGCCAUCUCUCCUUCCAGAUGUUCUAGCCGGAGGGCUGAGGGACACAAUCGAAUUGCCUGGUGAAAGUACACCUCAAUCUUCACUAUCCAAACGUAGCUCAGUGGCAGCGAUGAGGGAGAUGAUAUUCCGUAUAGCUGCAAUGCAGCCAAUCCACAUAGACCCAGAAUCAGUAAAGCCACCCAAGCGAAGGAACGUGAAAAUCUCAAAAGACCCACAAAGCGUGGCUGCGAGGCAUAGGAGGGAGAGGAUAAGCGAACGGAUUAGGAUACUUCAGAGACUAGUUCCAGGUGGAACGAAGAUGGACACGGCGUCGAUGUUGGAUGAGGCGAUCCAUUACGUGAAGUUCUUGAAAAGUCAAGUGCAAUCGCUGGAACGGGCGGCUGCUAAUAGAAAUAUGGGUGGUCUUAGACUUCCGUCGGCAAAUUCAGGCAUAAAUUACCCACAGAUUCCAAAAGGCUACCAAGCUUGUCAGAUUUAGAGUCCUAGCUAGCUAGUUGCUUAGUUGAAGAGGAUUAGUUAAAGUAAGAGUAUAUUGUGGGAGUUAUGAUGGUAUGGGAAGCUGUAUAGAAUUAGAAUAUGAUUGAGUUGGUUAAGAGUCCAUAUUAUAGUUGGAGAUAUCUUGUUUUGUUGGUUGAUAUUGUUAUAAAUCUAUUGUUGAA